CAACGUCACAUCUCCCUAAGUGAAAGUGAAAGUUUGUCUGAAGGAGCUACAGGCUUGGCAAGUUUCUCUCCGCAGAAAAAUUAAACUGGUUAUAAAAUCAUCUGGUUUCAUCCUCAACAACACAGCAGAGUCUUUGUGGAGCACUGUGUGUAGAAAUGGCUGCUGCCAGCUGUCUGCUGACUGAAGAUCAGUUUCUGUGCUCCAUCUGUCUGGAUGUGUUCACUGAUCCAGUCACCUUACCAUGUGGACACAACUUCUGCAACAAAUGCAUCUCUGAACACUGGGGUAUUAAUGUCCUGUGCCAGUGUCCCAAUUGUAAAGAGGUUUUCAACAAAAGACCUGAACUGAGGGUCAAUAGAUUCAUCUCUGAGAUGGCUGCUCAGUUCAGACUGUCAGUUGAACAGGAAGCCAGCAGCAGCUGCUCAGAGCAACAAGAUGCCAAACCAGGAGAAGUUCCCUGUGACGUCUGCACUGGAACCAAACUGAAGGCCCUGAAGUCCUGCCUGGUGUGUCUGACCUCGUACUGUGAGACUCACCUGGAGCCUCAUCUGACAACACCAGGCCUGAAAAGACAUCAGCUGAUCGACCCUGUGGAGAACCUGGAAGGCAGGAUGUGUACGAAGCACGAUAAACUGCUGGAGCUGUUCUGCAAGACCGACCAGACAUGUAUCUGCAUACUCUGCUCUGUUUCAGACCACAAGACACAUGAGUUUGUUCCUGUGGCAGAAGAAUGUGAAGGAAAGAAGGCAGAGCUGAAGACGACAGAGGAUGAAAUUGAGCACAUGAUCCAAAAGAGACAGCAGAAGAUUCAGGAGAUCAAACAGUCAGUGGAGCUCAGUAAGAAAAAUGCAGACAGAGAAAUAGCAGCAGGUGUUCAGGUCUUCACUGCUCUGAAGGAGUCUGUCGAGAGAAGCCAGGCUGAACUGAUCGAGAAGAUCAAAGGGAAGCAGAGAACAACAGAGGAACAGGCUGAAGGCUUCAUCAAAGAGCUGGAGGAGGAAAUCACUGAGCUGAAGAAGAGAAGCUCUGAGGUGGAGCAGCUCUCACGCUCUGAAGACCACAUCCACCUCCUCCAAAGCUUCUCAUCCCUGAACUCUGCUCCACCGACCAGGGACUGGACAGAAGUCAGCGUCCGUCCUCCAUCAUAUGAGGGGACUGUGGCGACAGCUGUGAAUCAGCUGGAGAAGAAGCUCAGUGGACAGAUGAAGCCAUUGGUUGUAGCCGAGCUGAAGAGGGUCCAACAGUACACAGUGGAUGUGAAACUGGAUCCUGAUGUGGUACACUCCAAACCCACCCAGUCUAAUCAGAAAGACAAGGUAAAUGAGGGUACCAAGUGUCGAUGUGUCUUAUCAAAGCAGGGUUUCACUUCUGGAAGAUUUUACUUUGAGGUUCGGGUUAGAUGGAGAUCUACGUGGACUGUAGGAGUAGCCAGACAGUCCAACAUCAACAAUCUAACCACACUGAGCCCCAAGACUGGUUACUGGACUGUUUGUUCAAAGUGGCUGGGUGGGUACUUUGCCUGUGCUGAUCCAUCAGUCUGUCUCUCUCUGAAGCCAAAGCCUGAGAAGGUGGGUGUGUUUGUGGAUUAUGAAGAGGGUUUGGUAAACUUCUAUGAUGUUGAUGCUGCUGCUCUUAUCUACUCCUUUACUGGCUGUUCCUUCACUGACAAAAUCUACCCAUUCUUCAGUCUCUGUGCAAAUGAUGGUGUUAGAAUCCACACAAAUGAUAAGGUUUGUGUAUUACAGUGAGCGGAAAUAUUAGAUUUGUAUGAACAAAAAUGUUCAGCAUCCUAUAAUGUGACAUUAUACAGCAUGUACUUCCUUGCUUGCUUUUCUUCAUAUCAUAUUCUCCUGUGUCUGCUUCUUUCUGUUACAAACAAUCUGUGGUGACUGAUUCGCUCUAACGUAGUCUAAUUGUUUCUGUACAGUCACUGCUUUCAGAACUGUUUUAACAUAACGAACAAAUUACUGAUAAUUAUCAUAAAAAAACUGGGUUAAAUGUUUCUCUCUGAUGUUUUGUAUUGUGUGUAUAUUCUAUAUUGCCCAAAUAAAUAAAACCCAGUGG